AUGUCCAAGGUCGAUUCUGAAAUUUUCCAUCAUGGCAAGACCUUCUGCAUUUCGGAAUUGAUUGGAGAGAAUGCCGUAUUUUGGUACUACGGCCUUGCAACCGACCUUUAUGAGUACGGGUACGUGCUGGAUGUUGGCUCCGGCGUUGGCGGUCCUGCCCGAGAGAUUGUCAAGUUCACCGAUGCUAAUGUGGUCGGGUUGAACAACAAUGACUACCAAAUCGAGCGUGCGACUGGUUACACCGAGCGCAUGGGAUUGAGCCACAAACUCAGCUUCGUUAAAGGAAACUUUAUGCAGAUGAAAGUCCCCGGUGGCACAUUUGACGCGGCCUAUGCGAUUGAGGCCACAGUCCAUGCUCCUGAACUGGAGAGUGUGUACUAG